GCCGUCUGUCGCUCCUAUUGGACGGAAAGGCGGAAGCGAGGGAAGCACUGCUAACAACAACACAGACCGUCUCUACAUAGUUUGUUGUGUCUUUUGGAGGAGUUUAAGGACCCUCAUGGCUUUACCAGCCCAACUCAGAGGCAUCCAGCACCACCUGCGGACCGCUCAGGAACAUGAGAAACGGGACCCGGUGGUGACCUAUUACUGUCGGCUCUACGCCAUGCAGACGGGCAUGAAGCUGGACAGCAAAACUCCAGAAUGCAGGAAGUUCCUUGUGAAGCUCAUGGACCAGCUGGAGACGAUGAAGAAGGAGCUGAGCGACAACGAGUCCAUCGGUCAGGAGGUUGUCGGCAACGCUCACAUCGAAAACUACGCCUUAAAGUUGUUCCUGUACGCCGACAAUGAAGACAGAGCAGGACGCUUCCACAAGAACAUGAUCAAGUCUUUCUACACCUCCAGUUUGCUGAUUGACGUCCUGACUGUUUUUGGGGAGCUGUCAGAGGAGAAUGUCAAGCACAGGAAGUAUGCCCGCUGGAAGGCUACCUACAUCCACAACUGUCUGAAGAAUGGGGAGACCCCUCAGGCAGGCCCCAUCGGCAUGGAUGAGGAUGAGGAAGCAGAUGAGUUUGGAGCCGAAGGUUUCUCAGGACAGAGCUUCUCACACGGAGGCUCCUUCAGGGCAGAUCUUCCCUCUCAGGACCAGAAUUCAAAUCAAGGUCCAGCCCCAGGAAUCGGCUUCUCUCAGGAUCCUGGAUCGGCUCCAGGGGGCCAACCUGCCUCAAAUUACAACAACAUCCAGAUCCCACCGGGGGCCCACGCACCGGCCAACACUCCAGCAGAGCUGCCUGCCCCUUCAGGAGAAGCUGUUAAACCGAUGCCUGCAGCCCCAGCCGUUCCUAAUGUUGAUCCGUCUCUAUUCAACGCCCAGCAGCAGGGCCGCGUCCAGCUCUCCCCAGAAGACUUCACCAAGGCGCAGAAAUACUGUAAGUACGCUGGCAGCGCUCUGCAGUACGAGGACGUCGGCACAGCCAUCCAGAACCUCCAGAAAGCCCUGAAGCUCCUCACCACCGGCAAAGAAUGAGGUCUUUGUCCCCCCCCUCUCAUCUGACUCCGCCUUCCUCCUCUCCCUUUCUUCCUCCUCCAAACCCCCCACCACCACUUUUCCUCUAUCUGUCUCCAAUCUGGUCCCAAUGUGACGUUGUCACACUGAGGCCGCUGGCGUCAGACGAGGACACGAUGGAAAUCGGACAGAACAAUGGCGGCCUGUGUCCGCCGGCUCACCAAUUGACGGGAUAACUGACCAACUGACUGCAGCAUUGACCCAAUCAGCUCGUCACCAGCUCUGGUGGUUUAUAUUGUUCUUACAGCAGGUUCAAAACACCAAGGAGUCCGACACAAACUUUUAGUCCUAACUUGUGUCACUUUAUCAACUCAAACUUGUUUUCAAGUUUUCUUCCUCUUUCAGUCGAAUAAAUAAAGGAGUACACUAAACGACCCGCUUCUGUGUCUGAGGCUUUGCCUUAUCGGGAGGAGUGAUUGUUUCUGAAAUCUGCUGCAGAGCAGCGUUGGUCAUCAUCCAGUUAAGCUUCAGUUUGGAUUAGCUUCGUUAUAAAGAGGCGAGCAUGCUAAUGAGCCAAGCUAUUACCAUCUCUGCAGUUCUUGAUGAUGAUACAGUUUAGCAAAUGAAUGUUUUGGUCUUCCGCCCUAUGAAUAAAUUUAUAAUUUUAUCUUUUUUUCAUCACAGUUUUCAGUCUUUUAAAGCUUCCUUCAUCCUUUUAAGGUCUGAAUACCUUGUGUUCCUGAUUCUUCAUGCUUUAUGGUGCCUUGGCAGUUGGCACAAGACCUGGGAGUGGGUGGAAACCUGACAGUGUGGCGUUUUUAUCACCCACUGACUGAUCCGUCGGCUGCAGAUUAAGUGAUUUCUUCACCUUCGCUUCUUUCACCUGAAACACUCAUUGAUUGGACCAAACGUCUUCUGGACUCAUCGAACUGAAACCAAACCAACAAACACCCACCGUAGAAAUAAAUCAGCUGUUUUCUGUCCACCUUCAAUCGGAUUCAGUCUCAUUGUUUAUCCAUGUCGGACUAACGGCUCGAUUCUCAUUCUGGAGGAAACUGUAGAGGACGGUGCACAGGGAGCUCUGGAGAGCAGGGAACUUGUUUAACCUUUGAUUUCUAACUUUUACAUAUCACUGUGUGUAGAAGGAGGAGAGGUGGCGAAUGUAGUUUAAAACAUUUUUCUGUAUUUAACUUGAUUUAUUGACUUUAAAGGCUUUCGAUUAACUUUGCACGAAGCAUCAGAGUCGCUUCAGUUCGAAUAAAAUGUUUGAAAUCAU